AAACAAACCCUUUACAAUUUUUCACUGCCACAUAUUGGGUUGUUUGUGGGCAUUCGUCGAGCUCUAUCAUCUGUAUUGUUCUCAUUUGCUUUCCAAGGCACUGCCUUUACAUGGAUUGACAUUCAAAUUGGGCUUCAAUCACCAGUAGAUGGCUCUGACAUUCUUUAGAGGGAUUCAAACUCGCCCUUUUUUUCUAUACCCAUCUGUGUUCUCUGUUAGAAAACAUGCGGUUUUGUAUUCAUCUAUGGGAACCACACAAACACAACCUGCAACACAUGAGAAGCAAAACUCCCAAUUGAAAGUUACAACACGCACCCAAUCCAAAACACUUGAAAAUGCUUCAAAAGAUUAUGAGGCAGUCAUUGGUAUAGAGACCCAUGUACAGCUCUUCACUCUCACCAAGGCCUUUUGUAGUUGCCCUUACAAUUAUGGGUCCAAACCAAACACCAGUGUUUGCCCAACUUGCAUGGGUUUGCCCGGUGCAUUGCCGGUGUUGAACUCGAAGGUUAUUGAGUUUGCAGUGAAAUUGGGUCUUGCACUCAACUGUAGAUUGUCUUUGAACUCGAAGUUCGAUAGGAAACAGUACUUUUAUCCUGAUCUUCCAAAGGGAUACCAAAUAUCCCAGUUUGAUAUCCCAAUUGCAACUGGUGGGUUCAUUGAUUUGGAUCUUCCACUGGAGUUUGGUGGUGGGCAUAGGAAGUUUGGCAUUACAAGAGUACAUAUGGAAGAGGAUGCCGGGAAGUUGCUUCAUACGGGAAAUGGGAGCUACUCACAGGUUGAUCUGAACAGGGCAGGUGUGCCUUUGCUUGAGAUUGUUUCUGAACCUGAUAUGAGAACUGGUAUUGAAGCUGCAGAGUAUGCAGCAGAAUUACAGAGAUUGGUUCGGUAUUUGGGUGUGAGUAAUGGCAAUAUGCAAGAAGGUUCACUUCGUUGUGAUGUCAAUGUCUCGGUUCGACCUGUUGGGCAGUCUGAGUUUGGGACAAAGGUUGAGAUUAAAAAUUUGAACUCAUUUUCGGCGAUGAAUAGGGCCAUAGAUUUUGAGAUUUCAAGACAGGUGCUUCUCCAUAGUCAAGGCCAGAGUGAUCAAAUUGUACAGGAGACUCGUCUUUGGGAAGAGGGUGCUCAGAAAACAGUUACAAUGAGGAAAAAGGAAGGACUUUCAGAUUAUCGUUAUUUCCCGGAGCCUGAUCUUCCAGAAGUUAUUCUCACAAAGGAAUAUGUUGAUAAUAUUCGUGAUUCUUUACCAGAACUUCCAGAAAUGAAGCGUCGUAGGUAUGAAGAAUUGGGUCUGAGCAUGCAGGACGUUCUUUUCCUUGCCAAUGACAUAAAUGUUGCAGAUUUUUUUGAUGCAACUAUUGCCAAGGGUGCUGAUGUAAAGCUGGCUGCCAAUUGGAUAAUGGGUGAUAUCGCUGCCUAUAUGAAAAAUGAAAAGCUUUCUAUAAAUGAGAUCAAACUUGUGCCACAGGAACUAGCUGAACUCAUAGCUUCGAUCAAAGGUGGGACGAUUAGUGGAAAGAUUGGGAAAGAGAUACUAUUUGAGUUAAUAGCUAAAGGUGGAACGGUCAAGGGACUGAUUAAAGAAAAGAAUCUAGUUCAGAUAACAGACCCUGCUGAGAUUGAGAAAAUGGUGGACAAAGUAAUUGCAGAAAAUCCCAAGCAGCUGGAACAAUUUCGUAACGGAAAAACUAAGUUACAGGGUUACUUUGCUGGGCAGGUGAUGAAGGAAUCAAAAGGUAAGGCAAAUCCAGGUCUUCUGAACAAGAUCCUUCUAGAGAAAUUAAACGCCACAGGUUGAUCAUAUUGUAGGUGGCCAGACAAUGCAUAAUAUGCUCAACCAGGGGCAGACCAGGGCUGUCCGGAUAUGAUCUGGCAUUGAUGAAUUCUAAAGAGUUUGUUCCCAUGAACUGUGUCUUGUCUAAGUACCAAGUGGAAGAAAGACCAAGUCAGGCACUUCUCUUUGACCUCUCUCUAUGAACUUGUAUACUAUAUGGCAACCUGUUGUUUAACUUGUGCUUUGCAGAGGAAAGGAACCGUUUGGAUAGACUAGCCAGUAGGUUUUAAUUAGGCUGAUAUUUUUUUUCUUUAAUCUGCAACCAUUUAAUUGGACUCCCAUGUUAUUUGUAAGAACUAAGAAGGUUGAACUUGUAUUCCUACCUCAUUUUGACUUGAUACUAGUUAAUAUUAAUUGAAAAUUUAAACUGUUUUUGACUUUAA